AUGCCUUCCAGAUUAAAUGCACCGGUCUUAACCGUUGAUGCCGCCCUUAUUCAUAAAGUUGAUACCAGAAAUGUCGAAAACCUUUACAGCAUGUGGACUGUCUUCUCUAGAUGUGCUGGAUCUUUAGAAGAAGGUAGAAGAUUAGAAAACUUGAGUUGGAGAUUAUGGAAUCGCGAAACCUUUUGCUGUGAACCAUCUUCAGAAGCAAAUUCUACCACACCCGCAAUUUCCAUCUCCUCCAGAAGUUCCGAAGGUCAAUAUUCGAAUGAUGUUCCAGAAUUAAGUGGCAGCUUAGAUUCAAUCGCCGACGAAGAAGCAAUCGAAUUCGAAGAAAGCACCGAUGGUUCCUCAGUCGAUAUCUCACAUCCUCAAAUUCAAAGACAAGAUUCUUGCAACAGCAGAAGUCGAGGACGAGAACGUCAUAUUACACCCGACGACCUCGAGAAGAUGGUCAUCACUAUCAAGGAAAAGAAAGAUUUGGCCCCUCUUACCAUGACCACACCUUACCUUGCGCCACUCGCCGAGAGAAUAACACAAUUUAUUCAACCACAAUAUCAAUCACCUGCCAUGGCAGUGCAUCACUCUUUGUCAACCAAUGCAUCAGCUCAAUCCGCCACCACUGAAUCCUCCGCUGGUCACUCCGAGAAGGGUACGACUACCUCGGUUGUGAAAGGGUUCUCACUUUCACCAGCACAUGUCAGCAGCUCCAUGCGUUCCGUGCCACUCAACACUGCACCAUCCUCCAUUCCCACGGCCGAUAUCGUUGCAGCAGAUACAUCCAAAUCACUCGCACUAAAGAAGAAGCAAAUGUUCGCUCUGGGUGGAUCCUCGGGUGAAGACUCACUUAGUGAGCAAGCAGCUUCCAUGGAUAACAAACCCUCGCCAUUACAAAAGAAGAAGCUAGCUAAAUUUAGCUUCGGUGGAUCAUCAAACGAAGAUGAUAGCUCGCUACCAAACAGAAUGCAACCACGUAGCGCAUUGACUGACAAAUUACAAAAGCCUUUCGUCAAGAAGCAAACCUCAUUUCAAGAAGAGGUUGCCACACGAACCAUUCAAGAAGAAGCAUUUGAUGAUGAUGUGUUCGAAACUGACGAUGAGGACGACGUUGACGAAAGUGCCAUUGACGAUGAUGAUGAUUCUUCUGAUUGGGAAGAUUCAGUAGAGGAGAGUGGAAACGCAAGUAUCGAUGAGAAGACCUUUUUUCAACGAGUCGACUCAAAACCUCAACUUACAUCUCGACGAUCAUUGAUCACUACAAUGCUUCACCAAAACGAUCGUGCUCAAGCACUUGCCACCGAGGCAUCUCGAUCGACACCCGCCCUUCGACGUUCCCGAAAUUCCUCACCCAGUGGUCCUUCCCUUGCAGCAUCACCCGAAUCCGAUGAAGCUCCUCUCACGAUGAGGGGACUCAACUCAAUUGCUGAAGUUCCUCGUGGAGCUCAGCCUAUUAUUCAAACCACCACCAACAGUACCGCACAUCAUCAAGCACUCUCCCCGAGAACUACUCGACGAAAUAUGCUCGCCACUGAAUUGACUGUGAGUCUUCGCCAAAACCUCCUUUGGGAACGACGACAAAAGUCAUCAGUCAAUGAAGCUGCCGCGGCUCUUAAACGAAGACACACCGCACACGAUGUUGCAAACCUCAAACAAUACCCCGAGAGAGUUUAUAUGGAUAAGGAUGAUCAAGCUCUUAACUCUAGCUGGAAUCAAUAUUUCAGUCAAGGGUUAGGAGAGUAUCAUUCUAAAGGAUGGUAG